UGGCACUGAUGGACGAUGUCGUUUGCGUUGUCCCCGAAAAAACGUCACAGCGGAAGAGAAAGGAGCAGAGGAGAAACUGGGAUUGUGUCCUCCUCACUCAGAGCAGCGGCCAGGCAAGGACAAGCAGAUAUGUGGCAAGAGAUCCUUCCAAACGCAUGGGAGAGUGCCUUGUCCCGGAUCAGGUCUUUUGAAUAUUCCCAGAAGAAUGCAAUCCUGGUCCCUGCAGCCGCCCUGGGGGUUGGAGGGAUACUGCUUUACUGGCUCAGGUCUGGACGCAAGAUCAAGACUAUUGACAUGGGCGAUGGGUGGUGGGGCUCAGGCGAAAGACCCCUCAAAGGGAAAGAAGAUGAAAGCAUCCGUCCCUUCAAGAUUGAAACAUCUGACAAAGAAAUCGAGGAUCUGCACCAGCGCCUGGAUCGCUUCCGCUUCACACCGCAUGUGGAAGGGGCCGCCUUCCACUACGGCUUCAACUCCAGCUACCUGCGGAAGGUGGUGUCCUACUGGAGGAAUCAGUUUGACUGGCACAAGCAAGUGCAAGUGCUGAACAAAUACCCCCACUUCCACACCAGCAUUGAAGGGAUUGAUAUCCAUUUUAUYCAUGUGAAGCCAUCCUAUGUUCCUCAUGGUCGAGCUGUUCAACCUCURCUGAUGGUCCAUGGUUGGCCUGGYUCCUUUUACGAGUUCUACAAGAUCAUCCCUCUGCUCACGGAGCCAGCCAGCCACGGUCUGACUGAGGGUGAUGUGGUGUUUGAGGUCAUCUGCCCAUCCAUCCCAGGCUAYGGCUUCUCAGAAGCCCCUCACCAGAAAGAUUUUGACUCGGUUGCAGCUGCUCGGAUAUUUCAUAAGCUGAUGAGCAGACUGGGCUUCAAGGAAUAUUACAUACAGGGAGGAGACUGGGGAUCUCACAUCACCUCAAUCAUGGCNNAACUUACUUUUAGAUCUGUGAAAGGACUUCAUCUGAAUAUGGUUUUCACCGGCAAACAAGGUUUGGGAAGGAUGAUUUGUAUAAUGCUUGGGGCUUAUGUACCAUGGCUCGUAGGUCUCAGUAGGGAAGAUGCUCGACGUGUCUACCCUUUCAUGCAGAAGAAUGUGUAUGAUGUCCUGCGAGAGUCUGGAUACUUACACAUCCAAGCCACCAAGCCAGACACUGCAGGUUGUGGAUUGAAUGACUCCCCAGUGGGGCUUGCUGCAUAUAUCUUGGAGAAAUUCUCUACCUGGACAGACAAAUCAUUCCUGCAUAAAGACGAUGGAGGCUUGGAAAGCAAAUACUCUCUUGAUGAACUUUUGACCAAUGUGAUGAUUUACUGGGUGACAUCAUCCAUUGUCUCCUCAAUGCGAUUCUACAAGGAAAACUUCUCCAAGGACCCCAAUCUGACURCUCUUAGCAGGGUUGGUGUGUACGUUCCCACAGGGAUUGCAGCUUUUCCUCAGGAGAUUUUACAUACGCCACGUGUCUGGGCAAAGGAUGUCUACAAGAACAUCAUCACUUACUCUUACAUGCCACGUGGAGGGCAUUUUGCUGCCUUUCAGGAACCAAAACUUCUGGCACAAGACAUCAUGCARUUUGUCCGAAAAGUGGAACAGCUGUGAGCCUGCAGURGAAAUACUUUCGUAGAAUGGAAGCAAAUUGUAUUACCAGUGUCAGAACCUAUCAUUUGGAUUUGUUUAAUCCCUCAAAGUAAUCACAUAUAGAAAACAGCAUAUUAUUUUGAUAAUAAUUACAGUACUGAUUUUUUACUCAAACUCUGUAUCAUUUCAUAAGAAAAAAAAACUUGCAAAUGCA